CGGGAUAGUGUGUGCGGUGCUACCUGGCUAAAAUCGGAUCAGCUAUAUUGACAAUAUUCCACAUCAUAUUUCAGGAAAACAAAUACAUUUUGUAAUAACUUUUACUUUACUUUCUUACGAUGUGCUUUAUGAUGUACAUUAUGAACAUGAAAUUCUACUAGCUUUAAAACCUGUUGAAUUACUUAAAGUAUGAAGUAUAGCACACGGAAGUUAGUUAUCGUGGUAGAUUUUAUUUAUCUGCAUUAAUGAACUACAUUAGAUGCGAUAUGGAUAAUAACGGUCGGUGCGUAUUAUCAAGGAAAUGAAAACUGGACGAGAGACCUUCCAAAAGCCAUUGUCAACUGUAUUUACCCAAGAGUUUAAGGAGUAUUGAUUUAUAUAUAUACAUUAUAUAUAUAAACUACGAAUAUCAUAAAGCGCCUUAGUAUUUGUUAGUAUCGUUACUCGCUGGUAAAAAUGAGAAGACGCAGAAACAAAAUUCCUGGUUCUCGUUCACAAAAGCAUAGAAAAUUACCGAACCGACGGUCAUGUUCUAGAUCAUGUUCACCAAGACGGAGAAGGUCUAAUCGAAGAUCAGCUUCAUCUUCUCCAGGACCAAGCCGUAGCAGUAAAAGUAAAUCGCCAUGCAGAAUGAACCGUAGCAGAAGUAGGACGCCUAACAGAAGGAGUCAUAGCAAAAGUAAGACGCCUAGCAGAAGGAGUCGUAGCAGAAGUAGGUCGCCUAGGAGAAGGAGUCGUAGCAAAAGUAGGUCGCCUAACAGGAGUCGCAGCAGAAGUAGGACGCCUAACAGGAGUCGCAGCAGAAGUAGGACGCCUAACAGAAGGAGUCGUAGCAGAAGUAGGACGCCUAACAGAAGGAGUCGUAACAGAAAUAGGUCACGUAACAGGAGUCGUAACAGAAAUAGGUCACUUAACAGGAGUCGUAGCAAAAGUAAGACGCCUAACAGAAGGAGUCGUAGCAGAAGUAGGACGCCUAACAGAAGGAGUCGUAGCAGAAGUAGGACGCCUAACAGAAGUCGUAGCAAAAGUAAGACGCCUAACAGAAGGAGUCAUAGCAGAAGUAGGACGCCUAACAGAAGGAGUCGUAGCAGAAGUAGGACGCCUAACAGAAGGAGUCGCAGCAGAAGUAGGACGCCUAACAGAAGGAGUCGUAGCAGAAGUAGGACGCCUAACAGGAGUCGUAGCAAAAGUAGGACGCCUAACAGAAGGAGUCAUAGCAGAAGUAGGACGCCUAACAGAAGGAGUCGUAGCAGAAGUAGGACGCCUAACAGAAGGAGUCGUAGCAGAAGUAGGACGCCUAACAGAAGGAGUCAUAGCAGAAGUAGGACACCUAACAGGAGUCGCAGCAGAAGUAGGACGCCUAACAGAAGGAGUCGUAGCAGAAGUAGGACGCCUAACAGAAGGAGUCAUAGCAGAAAUAGGCCACUUAACAGGAGUCGCAGCAGAAGUAGGUCGCCUUACAGAUGGAGUCGAAGUAGAUCACUUUCGUAUUCUAGCGGUUCACCAGGAGACCUAUCCAGUUGCGCUCUCAGUAGGAGUUGCAGUAGAAGUCGAUCACCUCAGAUAAUGACUUACAGAAGCAGAAGUAGAUCUAGAAGCAGAAGUAGAUCUAGAAGCAGAAGUAGAUCUAGGAGCAGAAGUAGAUCUAGGAGCAGAAGUAGAUAUAUAAGUAGAAGCAGAUCUAGAGGCAGAAGACGCUAUAGCAGAAGUUGGUCUCCUUGUUCUCCUUCUUAUAGGAGUCGUAGCAGAAGCAGGUCUCCUUCUUAUAGGAGUCGUAGCAGAAGCAGGUCUCCUCCCAGAGUACACUCUAGACGAGGACGGGCUCGCAGAACCCGUCGAAGAACAAAAAAACAAAAUAGAAAUAACUCAUGUCAGGGACAUAGUGGCACGACUGCAAUAAUCACGACUUUGGACAUUGAUGAAAAUGUCAAGGAUUUUUUCUUUGCCAACCUUUCGGUGGAUGAACAUGUCAAAGCUCAAAACCAAAAUCGUUGCAGAUAUAUUGCAGGCAUCACAUUGUUACAUCAAAAGGGAGUAGACCUACAUCAACGAGUCCGAGUACGUGCUUUAGCUGCAAGUUGGGCCAGAAAAGACUUCAAGUUGUCUACAGAUUUCUUACGCGAUCGUGACAGAUAUGGAGUUGCUGAGAUACUGAAAGCGUUGAAAAUUCUGGAUUCAGGCAGACGUAUCCGACAGAGAGAAAGAAUGUUAAAACGGCUUCAAUUGAGCACAAGUAAAGUGUCUCGUCACACAAUUGAAAAAAUGAAGUGCAAAAUCAGCGAUUUGAGGAGAAUACAGCCAAUGCAAGGAUCUGUCAAUUUAUCGGUGUGUAAAAAUGUCCGCAAAUGGACAAAAACUCUAAAGAAGGAGGAACUUGAACGAUAUGCUCUCCAUCUGCCCAAAGAACCGUGGAAGAAACUAGCCGAUAUCUGUCAUUUCAACCCAGUUAAGGACUUUCCUAAUUUACCAUGGUUUCUUCCUUACUGUUUCGGCAAACCGCCACCGAGCGGAACUGUAGUGCACAUAUGUCAGGACCUGAAUGGAAAAAACAUAAACGACAAACUGAAAAUGUGUGACAUUCCAUAUUCCCAUUGCCGUAAAUUUAUGAAAUAUCUUGAUGUUGAGUCAAAGAUUAAAAUCGCGACAUCAGAACCUCAACUCGACACGGUGUUAUGGUAUUAUGAAGACCUAGAAUGUCGCCAGGUGGACGAAGUUAUAAUGCAACGACUUGACACCGGAGACACAACCAACCUAUCGAUAGGAAAGUUGAUGGAUCGAUUGCUCACACUGAAGGAAAUGGCGCGCGGGUUUUGUCGUGGCAGGAGAACGAAAGCAAAAUACAAAAUUCCUUUCAUGAACACGUUACUAAGUAUUGCUGAAUCGAAACUUCGAGAUGUCAAACUGAAGUUAGAAGCGCCUGUUGCUGUGCUCGGAGAUAGGUCGGCAUCCAUGGAUAUCGCGGUCAAGACUAGCUCGGUCAUUAUCGGUAUCCUCUGUUCGAUUUGUUCUGCGGACCUUGUUGUUUUCAACGGAUCGUGUAAGCGCCCUAAGGUUGUGCCCACAAAUGUCGAUGAAGCACUGAAACUUGCAAUGAAAACAGUGGCGGAUGGCAGCACAAAUCCUUCGUCAGCCUUGAAACCUUUUUACAAACGAAAGAGAAUUGUGAAGACGUUCAUUAUAGUGACCGACGAAGAAGAAAAUGUUGGCGAUUUCGCAGACCUCUUCGAGAAAUACCAUGCAGAAGUGUAUCCGGCACAGCUCGUAUUUGUCUCCUUUUUGGAGCAACAUGAAACGGGGUAUAUGUGUCGUAAAUUAAUGAAGAGGGGCUUCAAUCCACUGCAAUUUGUUCUAAAUAGAAAACGACCAGAUCUGACAAAACUAGAAAAAUUGUUUGGGAUUUUAGCUUCAGGGUGCAAUUCAUUUAAUGAAGAACUGUCCAUUGUUCAACGUGAGAUAUCCGGAAACAUCCAUGCAAGUGAUCUGUAAUCUUUGGAUAAAAAACAUGUUAACCGCAAGUAACAAUGAGAAUAAUACGUGUGCAGUGCAUGUAAUUAGAACGUAAAGUGGUGCACUUGGUACUACAUACAUAAAGGUAUCACUAUAACUUAUAUAAAGUAUAUACAUAAUGCCAUAGUUAUGUUAAGUUACAUUUAUUACAUAAGUUACAUACUUAGUAGUACAUGCAUUACUUAGUAGUAUAUACAUUACUUAGUAGUACAUGCAUUACUAGUAGUACAUGCAUUACUUAGUAGUAUAUACAUUACUUAGUAGUACAUGCAUUACUUAGUAGUAUAUACAUUACUUAGUAGUAUAUACAUUACUUAGUAGUAUAUACAUUACUUAGUAGUACAUGCAUUACUUAGUAGUAUAUACAUUACUUAGUAGUACAUGCAUUACUUAGUAGUAUAUACAUUACUUAGUAGUACAUACAUUACUUAGUAGUAUAUACAUUACUUAGUAGUACAUGCAUUACUUAGUAGUAUAUACAUUAUUUAGUAGUAUAUACAUUAUUUAGUAGUAUAUGCAUUACUUAGUAGUACAUGCAUUACUUAGUAGUACAUGCAUUACUUAGUAGUACAUGCAUUAUGUCAUUGUUAUGUAAAUUAAGCUACAUAAUUAGUAGUACAUACCUCAUGUCAUUCUGAUGUAAAGUUACAUACUUAGUACAUACAUUACUUAGUAGUACAUACAUUAUUUAGUAGUACAUUCUUACUAAGUAGUACAUACAUUUCUUAGUAGUACAUACAAUAUGUCAAUGUUGUUUGAUGUUAUAUAUACAUAGUAGAGUUAAGUAGUGCAUGCCUCAUGUCAUUCUUAUGUAAAGUUAUAUACUUAGUACAUACAUUAUGUCAUUGUUACGUAAACUAAGUUACAUACUUAGUAGUACAUACAGUAUGCCAUUGCUAUGUAGAGUAAUACACUUAGUGUAUACACAUUAUGAUGCUGUUAUGCAAGAUUACUAUGAAUGCCACAUAAUAAUGUAAAUUGUAAUUCUGAAAUAUAAAAAAAAAAACUUCCAUUCAAGGUGACUUUGCACAUGUCCUCAACCCGCGGUUCACAUAUAUGUAUCGAAUACAUUUGUUGGUUGGAAAUUUGCUCUAACAGUAAAUGAAUUCUCUAAAAUAUAUACUGUUGAAAAUGAUUAUUCAUUUUAAACGUUAAAUACUUACUAGUAUAUGUAAUUAAAUUUGAUGAGUAUGAACA